UAUUAAGGCAUUCUGUCCCCGUAAGACAUUUUGCAAACAUCAUUUCUUUACGACAAGCAGACAAAGCCAUCCAAAGAAGCAAUGAUCAAGUCAUAAUAAAUCCUUACACAUUAGAAGGUUCAAAACCAAUUUUAAAGAAAUCACCUCAAAUUUUAGGCGUCAAAGAGAUACCAAGAUCAAAUGAUCAAAUUAAUCGAUUAACAUGGUUCCAAAGAUUGAGCAAUGUAUUUGAUAAAGAAAAAAAUAAACAAGUCAGAGAAAAAUUAAUAAGAGAAUAUAACACUCCAUACUGGAAAGAUUUAAUCGAAUUAAGAAAAGAUGGUGAAAAGUUAUGGGAAGCUAAUCCUGAGUUAGUCAGUGCUGAGGCGUGUUCCUUAUCUAAUCCAAAAAUCGAUACGACAGAUUUACUUCAAAACCAAACUUCUUUAGCCGUCAUAAGCUUCAAUCAGUAUGGAGAAGAACAUGUAAAAACAUUCAUUGAACCAUUUUUCAAAAAUUUCUCUGAUCACGCAAAGAUACAAUUUAUGAAGGUGACUAUUGAGCCGAAUUUUGCAAAGUCUUUAAUUAUAAAAUUAUUCGUGAUUCCAUCUUUAAGAAGAAGUAUUCCCGAAUCACUUCAUGAUCCAAUCUUGUUUGAAGCAUUGGGAAUGAAUAAUUUGUAUAGGGGAUACGCGUUCUUGGUUGAUUCAAAUUGUAAAAUAAGAUGGUCUGCCCAUGGAAAGGCGACAUCAAAUGAAUUAGAAACUAUGCUAAAAUUGACUAAAUUUUUAGGCAAUGAGAAUGUUAGAUAG